AUGCUUAGCGGUGCGGCUGCACCCCCCAAAAAGAUUCUAGUCACCAGCUUCAACCAGCCAAACUACGGCUACGAUGCCUUCCGGUGCCCAACGCUAUUGAGCUGGCCCUUCUUCGGUCUGGCCCGCGUCCACUGGAAGACGCCCGUGACGCCCGCACUUGUACCGAACUGA